AUGUCACGCGACCACCACUCCCGCCGCCCGCUUAUCGACCUCGUACAUAGUAAUAGCGACCUCGACGUGUCCGACGAAGAAGACGCCUUCUACGCUGUCGACGAGGGCGACUACCUACUGCACCCCAAGUGGCGGGCGAUGAUCACACGGACCUCCAAUCGCAUCCCGCGGAGACUGCAGCGGUAUUUCGUCAUCUACGCAUUUGCUGCCGUUGUGCUGCUGAUAAGCUGGCGCUUGUACCUAGGACCACAUUACUCUGCGUAUCAGGUGGAGCAAGCGCGUUUGGACGCUGCGGCGAAGUUGGAACCUGCAAUGAGUGCAAAACCAGAAUUCAAGGACAUGUUGCAGGUGAAGGAUCUGGAAGAUAAGCAUUUGCCGAGGGGAGAGGGAAGGCUGGUGGUUGUGGGAGAUGUACAUGGUUGUAAGAAGGAAUUGAAGGCGCUGUUGAAGAAGGUGGAUUUCCGGGAAGGAAAAGAUCACCUUGUUCUCACAGGAGACAUCAUCGCGAAGGGCCCCGACUCGCCCGGCGUCGUCACUCUUGCUUCGAAGCUAGGCGCAUCCUGCGUUCGCGGCAACCACGAAGACAAAGUGCUCCUCUCGAUCCAAGAAGCCGCCGAAUAUCACGACCCCACCAUUCCGCGCCCAGAUGUCGACUCGGUUGAUCGUCCGGUCGAUGUUGAAGAAACCGCAGCUUCCUAUAACAAUCCGAAGCUGCUCAAGCUCGCAAAGUCCUUCACGCAGGCCCAAAUAUCCUGGCUUCAAUCCUGCCCUGUGAUCCUCCGCGUCGGUCAAAUCGGGUCUCUCCACAGCGUCGCUGUUGUGCACGCGGGCCUCGUUCCAGACGUCCCGUUUGAACGGCAGGAUCCCUUUCAGGUGAUGAACAUGCGAACGAUAGACCUAGACACAUUGCUGCCGUCUGAGACGCGAGAACACACACCGUGGGAAAGGUACUGGAACCAUCAACAGGAAAGCAAGCCGGAGGUUGAGCGGACAACCGUCAUCUAUGGACAUGACCGGAAGCGGGGGAAGAACAUCCAAAAGCACAGCAUGGGCCUCGACUCAGGAUGCGUGAGUGGUGGCCAGCUGACGGCUAUGGUCAUCAAAGAAGGAGGCGAGCAUUCUUAUGUGCAUGUCAAAUGUAAAGGAUAUGUCGAUUAG